CGGGCAACUCCUGUCCCAGGCCUGCAGGCCCAAAAUGGCGGACGUCUUUCACACCAUGGGGAUGGAGUCACUCUCUGCCUCAGAGGAUGAAUACUUGAGUGAUAUGCCGACCCCGACACCCCAAAGGAAGCAACAAACAGCGCCACCAAGGCAGUCAGAACCGCCACUAGCCACCAAGGCUGACCUAACAGGCAUGGUGACUGACCUUAAGGCAUUCUUCACGGCUGAAUUGGCAGGCCUCAAGACGGAGCUGAGCACACUUACAGGCCGCAUGAGAGCCACGGAAGACGCAGUCCAGGACCUGAGAGUCUAACAAGAUGCCACGACAAAGAAAACGCUCGAGCUCACAACCUCAUGCUCCCAGCUAAACGCCCGAGUAGGGCAACUCGAAGAUAUGGCGCGACAGAGAAAUGUCAAGGUGAGGGGGAUACCAGACACUGUGACGGCAGAUGAACUGCCAUCCCUCAUAAAGAGACUGCUACAAACCGC